AUGGACACUCUGCAGCUGCCGGGCCUUCACACCCUGACAACGACGAUUUCCCAUUACCAGCUUUCGGAGAUGAUGCCUGUCUUAUUCACCAGCCCGGGGCUGAAGCACCUCUGUCUGACGUACAGUUAUGGCGUUCAUGAAGCCGGAGUGGCUCCGCUGGAAGCGACAUGGCAAAGCUUGAUUGAUAAAGCCAAGCCGAAGGCAAUGUCCCAGUUGGAAUCAGUCACAAUUGCCAUCAACGGGCCCGAAGGAACUAUGCUUUCCAAAUUAGCUGCCGCCGGAGACCUUUCUCAACUCCGCUCACUCGACAUUGGUCGCGUUUGUGAACCGGGGAAAUUUGUCAAAGUCGCCGACUUGUUGCCGAAUCUAAAGAGGCUUUUCCUUAAUCUCGACAGAAUUUUCUCUGUGACCAUCGAGACUGAGAUCGAAGAAUCAAUUGAUGGGAUACUUGCCUUUCGACCCUUGGAAUAUCUUUAUGUCACGGGCCUCCGCAAUAUUGAAGCCUUGGACAGAAUCAUCCAGUGUCAUGGACCGUCAUUGAAGGGACUUGCUCUCGUGCCCACCACGGGCAAGAUCAACCAGUAUCCCAGACUCAAUUCUUCCAAGCUCCUCGAAAUGAUGAAUCUUUGUCCGAACAUGGAAGAGCUGCGCCUUCAAAUAAAGAGGUCUGCGGGCAACCAAGCAGAGUGUGAGAUGUACGAAGCGCUGGGUGCCUUCCCCAAUCUCCAAAGACUAUUUCUAGAUUUCCAUUUCGAUGCUCGAACGAAGGUACCGAGGAUGGGCAUCUCUGCCGAAACAGACGAUCUCGAACUCCGACGAACUUACAUAAAUGCAGCCAUGGACGAGAGCCUGGCUCUCCAGAUUUGGACCAAGAUCAAAGACAAGAGCCCCAGUUUGAAAGACCUACGCAUUUUGCCAUACGGAAACGUGCGCUUUGCCAAAGAGGAGCGUUACUUGAUCGACUGCUUUGCGCGAUCAUAUCGGCUUACAGGUUAUAACCUUGAGAAUCCAGGAGUACCUGUCAUGGAGCAGAUUGAGGAAAGGGCAUGGAAGAUAAAACGAGAAAACAGUUGGCAUAAUUCUCGUGAUGAAGAGGUCCGCCUCUCUAGUAGAAUUGUGUCCGUCCUUCAAAGUAUCUGGCCCCAGGUGUCCGAGCAGACUUUUAGAAGCGAGUGGUGGAAUUGUUGGACCAGCCUACCUUUACAACCGGACAACCAGUCUUGGUGA